GAGAGCUCCUCCUGGCUCUGCAGAGUUCCCACUAAAACUGGUAGGGGAGGACAGCGGAGCGCAGGCAGCGUUACCCUUAUUGGAGAGCCUGGUCACACACACACACACACACACACACACACACACACACACACACACACACUCACACACGCUCUGGGGACCGGCGCUCCCUCUGCCAUGCCUGGAUGGUCUACGUUUGGGUGGGGGCACUAAGCGUUGGGUCGCGUGUCUCGUGGAAACAUGCUGCGCUGCGUGCUGCAGAGGGCCAAUAACCUGCCCAACGUGGAGAAGGGCGACCGGCACAGCGACCCGCUGGCCAGCGUCACGUUCCGAGGGUCCAAGAAGAAGACCAAAAUCAUCAAGAACAACUCGAACCCGGUUUGGAACGAGGGGUUCGAGUGGGAUCUCAAAGGUCUACCCUUGGACCCGAGCGCAGAUCUCCACGUGGUGGUCAAAGACCAUGAGAAGAUGGGCAGAAACAGGUUCCUUGGGGAGACCCGGGUGGCGCUGAGAGAUGUGCUCAACUCCCCGAACCUGGCGGCCACCUUCACCGUCUCGCUGCUGGACACCAAGAAGAACAACACGGGGGCCACACUCACGCUGCAGGUCUCCUACAUCCCCCCCCCAGGCAUGGCGCCUGUCUUCCAGCCUUCCGCCCCUCCGGAGGCCCAGCACACACCCCAGGAGCUCGACACCGUCACAGUCUUCUCGAUGGACACGGUCGGGGAGGAGGACACCGAGAGCAUGCUGAUGAUGGAGAGCACCGAGGACCCGGAGCCUGCGGCGGGACCCCCGGGGCAGGAGCCCCCCACAGCCCCUCCCAAGAGAACUCCCCCAAACGUGGUCCAGGGUAUGAAGAAGAAGAAGCGUCAGCCGAACCGAGCGCCGCUGCCCAACAAACCCCAGGAUGUUCAGGUGCGGGUGAGGAUCAUCGAAGGGAGGCAGUUGCCGGGCAUCAACAUCAAGCCGGUUGUCAAGGUGACGGUUGCCGGGCAGACCAAGCGAACCCGAAUCAGGAAAGGCAACAACCCGUUCUUCGACGAGACUUUCUUCUUUAACUUCUUCGAGACGCCGUCGGAGCUCUUCGAUGAGCCAGUCUUCCUCACUGUAUUGAACUCCAAGUCCCUGCGCACCGACUCUGUGAUCGGCGAGUUCAAGCUCGACGUGGGGAUGAUCUACGCAGAGCACAAGCAUGCCUUUCUCAGGAAGUGGCUACUGCUCUCUGACCCAGAGGACCUCUCGGCCGGGGCCAGGGGUUACCUGAAGGUCAGCCUGUGUGUGCUGACGGCAGGCGACGAGGCCCCGAUGGAUAAGAAGGAGGGAGUGGAGGAGAAGGAGGACAUCGAGGGGAACUUGCUGAGGCCUGCGGGCGUGGCCCUGAGGGGGGCCGUGUUCUCGCUGAAGGUGUACCGGGCGGAGGACCUGCCUCAGAUGGAUGACGCCUUCAUGGACGGCAUGAAGCAGAUUCUGGGAUUCGACAGUAACAGGAAGAACCUGGUUGACCCAUUGGUGGAGGUCACCUUUGCUGGCAGAAUGAUCUGCUCCAAGAUCCUGGAGAAGAACGCCAACCCACAGUGGAACCAGAGUCUGACGCUGCCCAUAAGGUUUCCAUCCAUGUGUGAGAAGAUGAGAAUCCGGAUCCUGGACUGGGACCGAGCGAGUCACAACGAUGUCAUCGGCACCACGCACCUGUGCAUGUCCCGCAUCUCGGCUCCCGGGGGGGAGAUCGAAGACGACUUGCCGCCGAGGACUCUCUCGAAAAGCCCGGACGACAGCCUGGGCUUCCUGCCCACCUUCGGCCCGUGCUUCGUGAACCUGUACGGGAGCCCCAGGGAGUUCAGCGCCUUCUCGGACCCCUACGAGGCCCUCAAUGUGGGAAAGGGCGAGGGGGUGGCCUACCGUGGGAGGGUCCUCCUGGAGCUCGGCACCAAGCUGGUGGAGCGGGUGGAGCAGCGGGUGGAGGACAUCCCAGCUGACGACCUUCUUGUGGUGGAGAAGUUCAUGCGGAAGCGGAAGUACUACCUGUUUGUGGCCUUCUACUCUGCGACGAUGCUGCAGGACGUGGACGACGCCAUCCAGUUCGAGGUCAGCAUCGGUAACUACGGCAACAAGUUCGACUACACCUGUCUGCCCCUGGCCUCCACCACGCAGUACAGCCGGGCCGUCUUCGAUGGCUGCCACUACUACUACCUGCCUUGGGGAAACGUGAAGCCGGUGGUGGUCCUCUCCUCCGAGUGGGAAGACGUCGGGCCGCGCGUUGAGGCUCUGAACAUGCUGCUCGGCACAGUGGAGCGCCUGGAGGCCCGGCUGGAGAAGGUGGAGCUCUUGCGGAAAGCUGGAAGCGACAUGGAAGAGGUGGAACGUGAAGUGCUGGAGCUCCUGGAUGAAGUAAUAGCCAACUGCAGCCAGGGGCUCCCGGAGUUCGGCGACUGGCCGUGCGCGACGCCCCUGGACCGGGCCGUGCGGCAGCAGCGCAAAGCCAACCUGCAGCAGAUCGAACGGGCCGCCCUGGCGCUCAAACACGGCGACGCCACCGAGCUGGAGGCCGUACUGGAGCAGGCCGAGGACUGGGCCCAACGGCUGCGCUCGCUGGCUGAAGAGCCUCAGAACAGCCUCCCUGACAUUGUGAUCUGGAUGCUGCAAGGGGACCGCAGGCUCGCCUACCACCGCAUCCCUGCCUCCGAGGUGCUCUUCUCCCAGCGACACUGCGGGAAGAACUGCGGCAAACUGCAGACCGUUUUCAUGAAGCUCCCUCAAAACGGCGGCGUGGACGACAAGGUGCCGGCACAGCUGCGCGCGAAGGUGUGGUUCGGCCUGUCUGCCGACGUGAAGCACUUCAACCAGUUUGCCGAGGGCAAGCUGUCCGUGUUUGCAGAAACGUAUGAGAACCAGACCAAGCUGGCCUUGGUGGGCAACUGGGGAACCGCUGGGCUCACGUCCCCCAAGUUCAGUGACGUCACGGGAAGAGUGAAGCUGCCCAAAGAGAGCUUCCGUCCGUCCCCGGGCUGGGCCUGGGCGGGGGACUGGUUCAUCAGUCCAGAAAAGACUUUGCUGCAUGACGUGGAUGCUGGACACAUGACCUUCAUGGAGGAGGUGUUUGAGAACCAGAUGCGGCUGCCAGGAGGACAGUGGAUUGGGAUGCCUGAGGGUUACACUGAUGUGAACGGAGAGAAAGCUGUGCCCAAGGACGAAGUGGAGUGUCCCCCCGGCUGGGUGUGGGAGGACGUCGAGUGGAGCGAGGACCUGAACCGUGCCGUGGACGACCAAGGCUGGGAGUACGGCCUCACCAUCCCUCCAGACCGCCGCCCUAAGUCCUGGGUCCCUGCCGAAAAAAUGUACCACACGAACCGGCGCCGGCGCUGGAUCCGACAACGCCGCAGAGACCUGCAGAAGAUGGAGGCCCUUCGGAAGCAACGGCCGGACGAGUCGGAGCGCGAGGGCUGGGAGUACGCCUCCUUGUUCGGCUGGAAGUUCCACCUGAAGCAGCGAAAGACGGACUCGUUCCGGCGACGACGCUGGCGCUGCCGCAUGGAGCCGCUGGAGAAGACGGGGCCCGCGGCCAUCUUCGCCCUCGAGUGCUCGCUGGCCGGCGUGAGCGAUGACAAGAACGAUGACAAAUCUGCGACGGCCACCUUCGGGGUGAACCGACCCACCAUCUCCUGCUUUUUCGACUGUGGCACUCGAUAUCACCUGCGCUGUUACCUGUACCAGGCCAGGGACCUUGUUGCCAUGGACAAGGACAGCUUCUCAGACCCCUACGCAGUCGUGUCCUUCCUCCACCAAAGUCAAAAGACGGUGACCAUCCGCAACACCCUGAACCCCACCUGGGACCAGACCCUCAUCUUCUACGAAAUUGAGAUCUUUGGAGACCCUCAGAUCACAGAACGCAACCCGCCCAGGAUUGUCGUGGAGCUCUUUGACCAGGACACCUAUGGGGCAGACGAGUUCAUGGGCCGCUGUGUGUGCCACCCCUCCAUGAGCCCUUCGCCCCGUCUCGCCUGGUACCCCAUCAAGCUGAAUGGGAAGCUGGCCGGCGAGCUGCUGGGGGCCUUUCAGCUCAUUCGCAGAGAGAAGCCCGCGAUCCAUCACAUCCCGGGUCAGGAGGGGGAACCUCUCACUGCGACUCACGUGCUGGACGAGGUCAGUACCACCGAGCUCUUCACCAGUGACGCCAGUACCUGUGAUCCCUCAGAUUCUGACCUGCCGUACCCCCCACCCCAGCGGGGGCCCAACAUCUACGUGGUGCCCCAGGGCAUCAAGCCAGUCCUGCAGCGCACCGCCAUCGAGGUCCUGGCGUGGGGUCUGCGCAACCUCAAGAGCUACCAGCUGGCCAGCGUGACGUCGCCCAGCCUGCUGGUGGAGUGCGGCGGAGCCGUGGUGCAGUCCUGCGUCAUCCGCAACGCCAAGAAGAAGCCCAACUUUGACAUCAACACGCUCUUCAUCGACGUGAACUUGCCCCAGGAGGAGCUCUACAUGCCCCCCAUCGUGGUGAAGGUGAUUGACAACCGGCAGUUUGGCCGGAAGCCCGUCGUGGGCCAGUGCACCAUCCGCAGCCUGGAGGAGUUCCGCCGCCUGCCGGAGAGCCCGGAGAGGGACGCCGAGGAUGAGGAUCAAGAUGAGGCGUGCGAAACACCCCGCGAUGACGUGCUGAUUGACAUCGACGACAAGGAGCCUCUCCUUCGCGGCCAGCUUGCAGACGGCACCAGCUCUGCCAUAAUUAACAUCUCCUCCUCUCGGUCCAGCCUCCAUGAAGAAGAGUUCAUGGACUGGUGGAGCAAGUUUUAUGCGUCAUCAGGAGAAGUGAGCAAAUGUGGAACGUACCUGGAGAAAGGUUUCGACACACUCCAGGUGUAUGACUGUGAACUAGAAAAUGUUGAAGGUUUCGAUGGCUUGGCCGACUUCUGCCAGACUUUCAAACUGUACAGGGGAAAAAGUCAGGAUGAGGGAGAGGACCCCUCUGUUGUUGGAGAAUUUAAAGGAAUGUUUAAGAUCUACUCCCUCCCUGAUGACCCCUCCUUGCCCCUGCCCCCUCGCCAAUUCCGCCAACUUCCUCCCAGUGGCAUCGAGGAGUGCCUGGUGCGCAUUUACAUCAUCCAGGCCAUAGGUCUCCAGCCCAAGGAUGCCAAUGGCAAGUGUGACCCAUAUGUGAAGAUCAGCCUGGGCAAGAAGUCCAUCAGUGACCACGACAACUACAUACCCUGCACACUAGAUCCCAUCUUUGGAAAGAUGUUUGAGCUCACCUGUGCCUUACCGCUUGAGAAGGACUUGAAGAUCAUGCUCUAUGACUAUGACCUGCUGUCUAAGGAUGAAAAGAUUGGCGAGACUGUGAUCGACUUGGAGAACCGCUUCCUGUCCAGCUACGGAGGGCGAUGUGGCCUUUCGCAGUCCUACUGUCUGUCAGGGGUCAACCAGUGGCGGGACCAGCUGAAGCCGUCGCAGCUCCUGAGGAAGCUGUGUGAGAGGAGGAACUACAAAACGCCUGUCUACAGUCAGGGUGCAGUCGUCUUCAGGGGCCACGGAUACACCGUGGCCGACCUCGAUCAGGCCAAGCCGCCCAACCCCCACCUGGGACCCACAGAGGAACGCCUGGCACUGCUGAUCCUACGUCGGGAGGGCCUGGUGCCCGAACAUGUGGAAACUCGUUCGCUGUACAGCCCACUGCAACCGGACAUCGAGCAGGGAAAAUUACAACUGUGGGUGGACCUUUUCCCCAAGUCCCAGGGACCUCCAGGACCCCCUUUCAACAUCUCCCCCCGAAAAGCCAAAAAGUUCUUCUUGCGUUGCAUCAUCUGGAACACCAGUGAUGUCAUCUUGGAUGAAACCAGUAUCACGGGGGAGAAGAUGAGUGACAUAUACGUCAAAGGCUGGCUGCAGGGGCUUGAGGAAAACAAGCAGAAGACUGAUGUACAUUACCGUUCCCUGGGUGGAGAAGGGAACUUCAACUGGCGAUUCCUUUUUCCCUUUCACUACCUCCCUGCAGAGCAGUUGUGCGCCGUCAACAAGAAGGAGCAUUUCUGGAGCCUAGACAAAGCUGAGACAAAAUUGCCCCCAAAGCUGACCAUCCAGAUCUGGGACAAUGACAAGUUUUCCUUUGACGACUUUCUUGGCUCCCUGGAGAUGGACUUGAACCACAUGAUGCGCCCAGCCAAGGUAGCAGCAAAGUGUGGCCUCGAGAUCCUGGAUCAGCCACCGGAAAAGCUUGUGUCGCUGUUCGAGCAGAAGACAGUCCGAGGCUGGUGGCCAUGUGUGGGUGAAAGGGGUGGCGAGAAGAUCAUCGCUGGGAAGGUGGAGAUGUCCCUGGAGAUUAUUUCCGAGCAGGAGCAGGAGGAGAGGCCGGCUGGUCUGGGCAGAGAUGAGCCCAACAUGAACCCCCACCUGGAGGAACCUCAGCGUCCUGAAACCUCCUUCCUGUGGUUCUCCUCUCCCUUCAAAACCCUGAAGUUCAUUGUGUGGAGGAGGUUCAAGUGGGUCAUCAUUGCCUUGAUCCUUCUCUUCUUACUUCUUCUCUUCCUUGGCGUUUUCCUCUACGCCUUCCCGAACUAUGCUGCGAUGAAGAUGGUCGCUCCCUUUGGCAGAGAUGGCAGCAAAGCCAAAUGAUUUGGCGUGGAGCAGGAGGAAGGUCCCUGAGAAGUUGGUCAAAGCCUUAGGAGGACAUACCCUUCAGCAUUCGCAGUUUUACCACAUCCUCUCAAACAUUGCUGCUGAGCUAUCCGUUCCAGGCCACUCCGCACCAACUGCAUGAAAUCAACACAUAUGCCUAAACAACCUGAACGUUUGGCAGGCCCUGCUCUUGGAAAAAUUCUUUAAAAUGAAAAACCUGAACGAAAUGUUUAUGAGCGUAAGUGAGAGGACCGGCUACUGUAAAUUCGUACGUGUACCCUUUGAAUCUGUGCAGCUCCUGCACCGACGACCCAGCCAUGAACUUGCUCUCUAUUCCGUUUGAUUCGCAGUUAUGCUUUAAUCUCCUCUUGUGUUUAAUCCUUCUUUUAUGGUGCCUGUAAAACUCAGCCCUCUUUACUCCCAGUCAGACAUCUUCUUUGACGCUGCAGGAGAGAUGGAGCUGCUUUGUGUCACGUGCUCUGCCUUUGAGUGCUGCAUAUAGGAUUUGAUCUCUGCAGUCACAGGUCUUCCUCGCCAUGUCUGUUCUGUUGCCAUCGGAAGGAAAUAUAGGCUGGGGGUAGAGGUUAAUCAUUGAUGAUGUCCUUUCGGUGUAAAGAAGUCCACAAAAGACACUAAUAGACUCAGGGUCAGACCAGGCUUUACAAAAUGUGUUCGUGGAAGAGAGAGUGAGAGAGACCAUUUGUUUUUUUGUAUGUUAUUCUGUGUGUGGGUGUGUGUGUGUGCAAGAAAAAAUGGUAAAGGAAAGAAAAACAUCAUGUGACACCCUAUAAUCCACUCUGAAAUUCCAUUUCCUCGUGGUGUGGCAGAACAUGGGUUCAGGUGUGCUGGGGUCAUGGGGGCAUCAUAGGGUUGCGGUAAAGGCUCGGCUGCUACGGCCGGUCUCCUACGCAGUGUACUUUGCGUGCGCCCCUUUUGCUCGAGGCUGUUUGUCUGGCUGCAGACUUUGCACCACAGACCCUGGUAAUAGGAAAAGUCAUCCGGAGUCCAGAUAAUCCACUCAGGUCCCUUCGGAUUUCCUGGAGUGUGUAUAUUUUGAGGGAAAUGAAGAAAAAAACUCUUUGAUGCUUAAAGAGUCCCCAUUGCUACAGCAGCAGAGUCAACUAUGGACCAGAGAGCUCCAGGGAUGGGGAGUAGAGGUAGCGCCUGUUCAAUGGAACCACUUGUUUCAUCACACAUUUUGCCUGGCAGAAAGAAACAAGAACUCACAUGACAAAGAUACUGAUGGACCCACAGACACAUUAAUGGCUAUUAACAAGAAGACAUUAUGGAGCUUAUUUAUGCUUUUUUAUUUGCUACCAUACCUUGACACAUGCAACACAGUGCAAAUAUAGUCAAUAUCGAACUGAAAACAAAAUACCAAGUCAUGUACAGACAUCAUCUAUCUCUUCAAAACACAUAACAACCAGUCAGGAGCCAAACAGCAUUGGGAUCUGGGGCUCUUAGUUGUGCUGUAUUCUUUCAAUGUGUUUCAAACGUGCCUUUCAUCAUUAACCUGAUACUGAAUUUCGAGGUUCUUCAUUUGCACAGUCAGACACACCUCUCGGUGAUAGUCUUGAAGUGUGGGCUGACAGUGAAACUGCGUUGUACAUGCUGCCUGAAGCUUUUUUGGUUGCAACGACUGUGAAGCUCCAUCACUUAGAAACUUAGCCAAAGACUAGAAUCUCUUUCUCCGGCAUACAUGGCUGUGACAUGCACUCAACCCUUUUGCCUCUUCAUGUUGGCUUCCCUUAACUUCGAGCACCUACGUGCCCCAUCCUCACAGCACUAAGUUCAGGGUGGUCGUGGGCUUCAAAAAUCAUCGAAGCAGGAAAUGAGUCUCUCAAGAGCGUUUGCUAUUGACUGCGUGGUAGGCACCAAUUAUUAGUUGCAACUGUGGUCAUAUUUGUUGUGGUUUCAGAAAAUUGAGGAGAAUGUUCUGGUUAGUUUUAAGAUUGUUGUUGACUGUUUUUUUUUUUUAAGCAAAAUCAUCUGGGAAUUUUGGAAUUGGAAUUAUCAUUUUGGUGCACAUCAUCUCAGUUAUGCUCAUAAAAUCACAUCACCAAGUUGCCUAGUUAUACCCUAUCAGAUAUAUGUUUGCUUGUGCCUUCGUUACUGAACACAAUGUAUUCUGUGCAUUUAUUCUAUGCAGAUGUAUGUAUACACUGACGAUGGAACUGCUGAUAAAUUGUAUGAAAAAGUUGCCUGUUUUUCAGUCCAAAUGAUGUCCAUGCUAUUACACUCCUCUGAAGAGAAGUUACAAUCAACCAUUGAAUUGAUUGCGUAGGAAAUCUAAAUUUAAUACUAUUUAAACUCGCUGCCUGCACUUUCUGUAACCGAGUACAAGAGAAAGAGGGAAAAGUGACAGGGCACUUUUGGGGCCGUAUAAGAGAGAAAAGUGACUGGUCCACACUGGUGCACAGUGAUGUCAUGGACCUGGGUAUAUAUGUGCUCAUGGAAUAAAGUGGCGUAAAGGGCACCAGCGACUUAGUAAA